AUGAGUGGACCUCGUAAAAGCGCUACUCCCAAAAGGCUUAUCCACUUUGCUGAUGGAGACACCAUGGAAGAAUACAGCACAGAAGAAGAGGAAGAAAAAGAGGACCAAAACUCAGCACAUGACCCUUCUAAACUUUCAUGGAGAUCAUACUUCUGGUUUUGGGCAGGUCAAGUAGCAAGCAAUUCAAUUUCUACUUGUGAAUUCCUUGGUGAAAGAUUUGCCGUCUUCUUUGGUCUUACUGAACCCAAAUAUCAGUAUGUGCUGAAUGAGUACCGCAGAACACAAAAUAAGGAAGUUGAUAAGGACACUGAAGGGAAUGGACCAGAGGCCCAGGAUGCCAAGAUUCCUAAUGAAAAGUGUCACCUGGGAGCUGGUGGCCAAGAGUAUGGGGCCAUCUCUUCCAGAGGAGGCCUGGUGGCAGAUUCCAGCUCAUGA